UUGAUUCAGACAGUCACACUAACGAAACGCCGUGCGCUUUUCUCUCAGUGUUUGUGAAGUGUGAGGGGAGAAAACAGAUCGCAACUUCAAAUCCAGGAGAUUUUCGGCGCCGUGCUGUGAUUGGACCUAAAAAAGAAAGUCAUACAGGUUUGGAAAGACAUGAGGGUGCAGUGGACCCUAGUGUGGACAGGAGAUCACGGAGGGACCUUCCCCACGGACUAUAUGAAGGGAAGGGAGGGGAGGGGGAGGGGGGCUGCUGACGUUACUCCCAGCUUGAAGAACACACAGAUCACUUCUAUGAUUGAUGAAGAUAUGUGAGUGAAUUUGCCAAACACUGAACAAAGAAAUCUACUGCAUCCUCCGAGAGAAGAACUUUAAUGGCUUCCAGGUAGAGAGGAAGAGGCAGCAGUCAAGAUGAACUCGAUUCCUUCGAUGGACAGGCACAUACAGCAGACCAAUGACAGGCUGCUGUGCAUCAAACAGCACUUACAGAAUCCGGCCAAUUUUCAGACGGCGGCCACAGAGCUGCUGGACUGGUGCGGAGACCCACGAGCCUUCCAGCGGCCCUUUGAGCAAAGCCUUAUGGGAUGCUUGACGGUCGUAAGCCGCGUGGCAGCGCAGCAGGGUUUCGACCUGGACCUCGGCUAUCGGCUCCUGGCCGUGUGUGCGGCAAACCGCGACAAGUUCACUCCAAAGUCGGCAGAAACCACCACCUGCAGGAGAUGUCAGAGUGACACAGCACUCCUGUCGUCCUGGUGCGAGGAGCUUGGACGGCUACUCUUGUUGCGACAUCAAAAAAAUCGUCAGAGUGAUCCACAGGGCAAAGUACCCUUGCAGCCGCCAAUGAACUCUAUGAAGCCCUCGCUCUCACAUGGUGAUGGGUCCUUUCCAUAUGACAGCGUUCCCUGGCAACAAAACACUAACCAGGCCCCGGGUUCGCUGUCAGUGGUUACAACGGUGUGGGGAGUUACCAAUACGUCACAAAGUCAGGUAUUGGGUAACCCCAUGGCCAAUACCAACAAUCCCAUGAACCCUGGAGGCAAUGCACUAGGGUCGGGUAUGUCAGCCAACAACCCAGGGAUUAACUCACCUCAGUUCCCUGGCCAACAACAACAAUUUUCAGCCAAAGGGGGAUCCAACCAGGCCUACAUGCAGCAAAGCAUGUAUGGACGUCCAGGGCACCCGGGAGGAGGCGGCUUUGGUGCAAGUUACCCGGGCGGGCCAAAUGCGCCAGGUGGUAUAGGCAUGCCACCUCAUACACGACCACCUUCGGAUUUCACCCAACCUGCUGCCGCCGCCGCCGCCGCUGCUGUCGCUGCUGCGGCCGCCACAGCAACAGCCACUGCCACAGCAACCGUAGCUGCCCUGCAAGAGACCAACAAAGACAUGAACCAGUACAACCAGGUCUGCUCCUCUUUCCAGAUGGGGCCGACGCAAGGCUACAACAGCCAGUUCAUGAACCAGCCAGGGCCCCGCGGCCCCCCGUCCAUGGCAGGAGGCAUGAACCCAGCUGGUAUGGGUGGUGGCAUGAAUAGCUCCAACAUGAGUGGCCCGCCAAUGGGUAUGAACCAGCCCAGAGGCCCAGGGAUGGGACCCUUCGGUGGCCAUGGGCAAAGGAUGCCCCAACAGGGUUACCCUGGACCCAGACCUCAGUCUAUGCCCAUGCAGGGCAAUAAGAGGCCCUAUCCAGGAGAGCCUAAUUAUGGAGGCCAGCAGUUUGGACCCAAUGGCCAGUUUCCCAACCAGCAAGGGCAGUACCCUAACCCAAAUGCUUCUAGAGCUCUUCCAUCACCCAAUUACCCUGGGCAGAGGAUGCCAGGACAACAGAGCUCUGGUCAGUACCCCCCAACAGGGGUAGCCAUGGGCCAAUACUAUAAGCAAGAGCCGUUUAAUGGUCAGAACACCAAUUUCUCUGGAGGUGGUUAUGGGUAUAAUCAAGGAAAUGGGCCUCCUCGGCAGGUGGUGAACUAUCCACACUCCCCGGUUCCUGGGAACCCCACGCCACCCAUGACUCCAGGAAGUAGUAUCCCUCCAUAUUUGUCGCCUAAUCAGGAUGUCAAGCCCCCGUUUCCUCCAGACAUGAAGCCAAGCAUGACGUCUCUGCCUCCGCCUCCAACCAACCCCAAUGAGGAGCUUCGCCUGACGUUCCCCGUGAGGGAUGGAGUGGUGCUGGAGCCCUUCAGAUUAGAGCACAACCUGGCCGUCAGUAACCAUGUCUUCCAUCUGCGCCCCUCCGUCCACCAGACGCUCAUGUGGAGAUCUGAUCUGGAGCUGCAGUUUAAGUGCUAUCAUCACGAGGACCGACAAAUGAACACCAAUUGGCCCGCAUCCGUCCAAGUCAGUGUCAACGCCACCCCCCUCACUAUUGAGAGAGGCGACAAUAAGACAUCCCACAAACCCCUGCACCUAAAGCAUGUGUGUCAGCCAGGGAGAAACACCAUCCAGAUUACGGUCACAGCCUGCUGUUGUUCGCACUUGUUCGUGCUGCAGCUGGUCCACAGGCCGUCGGUGAGAUCGGUCCUGCAGGGGCUCCUGAAGAAGAGGCUCCUUCCUGCCGAACACUGCAUUACCAAAAUUAAAAGAAACUUCAGUAGUGUAGCAGCGUCCUCUGGGAAUGCCACACUAAAUGGAGAGGAUGGAGUAGAGCAGACAGCCAUCAAAGUGUCCCUCAAGUGUCCAAUCACAUUCCGACGGAUCCAGCUCCCUGCUAGGGGACAUGACUGUAAACAUGUGCAGUGCUUUGAUUUGGAGUCCUAUCUGCAGCUGAACUGUGAGCGAGGAACGUGGAGAUGUCCUGUAUGCAAUAAAACAGCAUUAUUGGAAGGGCUAGAGGUGGAUCAGUACAUGUGGGGAAUUCUCAAUGCAAUUCAAAAUUCGGAGUUUGAAGAGGUCACCAUCGAUCCUACGUGUAGUUGGAGGCCGGUGGCCAUAAAGUCAGACAUUCAUAUAAAGGAGGACCCAGAUGGCCCUCUGGCCAAGCGUUUUAAAACCAUGAGUCCCAGUCAAAUGAUCAUGCCUAAUGUGAUGGAUAUGAUCGCCCAGCUGGGUCCCGGCCCUUCACCCUACACCCCCCUCCCCCCUCAGCAUGGAGGAAACAAUGGCGAAUAUGGGGGCCAAGGUAGAGGCAAUAGUUACCAGGGCCAUGGAAACUUUGACUUCUCCCACAGUAACUCUGGUGGCGGAGCUCCCAUGAAUGACUUCAUGCAUGGACCCCAGCUCUCACAUCCACCAGACGUGCCCAACAGCCUCAUGGCCCCUGACAAGCCUCUCGCCCACGGCAUGCCCGACUCGAUGCCCCAUCCCGUGAGCGCUGAUCAAUCCCAUGCUUCCAUGCAGCCAGGCAUGCACGCAUCCCCCCACCCCAACAGCCAAUCAGCUCAGCCAUUGCAUCACAGCGGCCCCCCAUCCUCCCAGCCCCCACGCCAGCCCCCGCCCCCACAGCAGCCAGGCCAAAACAGUCACCCACAUGCCGACAUGACCUUCAACCCUGCCGCUGAUGGGCAGGCAGGUGGCCAGGGACCUGCAGACAUGCCCGAGCCUUCUCUGGAUCUUCUGCCAGAACUGGCAAACCCAGACGAGUUGUUGUCAUACUUAGACCCUCCGGACCUCCCAAGCAGCAGCAAUGACGAUCUGCUUUCCCUCUUUGAGAACAACUGACUUCCUUCAUUCGGCCUUUUGGAGAGGCCCUAAUUUGUUUGGCUGUCAGGAAUCAAGAGGCACCUGAAGACUGACUCUGUACUUUACAAACAGGAAACAGCCAUCCUUUUGCCUCUUCCUCGUGUAAAUAUAUCACUCUUUUACAAGCAACCUUUUCCACACAUAUAUGGCAGCCAUGUUGGUUGGCACUAAAGUGAUAUCUUUCAAUACUAAUGGAAAUACAUGUGCAGCUAUAAUCAGUUCAUAUGAAUAUGUCACACAGAACUGUGUGUGUGCUCACUAGGAAAGUAUUGUAGCAUUUUUAAUUCAGAUUUUUUUCCUUUUGUGAAAAGAAGACCUGAAUAGAAAAAAAAUAUAUAUAUAUAUUUCUUCCUGUACCGGCCUCUGUGUGUCCGCAAUCUCUUGAAGGUUUGUUCUUCCAAAGUUCUACCACCACGGCUUCCCAAAUCCUAGCCAGCUGGAUGUCCACACUGUUUGUUUGUCCAUCUCCCUCGAAAAAGCACAAGAGAAUGCGUCAAACUGCACCUGGAAGCCUGUAAAGGAGACAACAAAAGGGAAGAAAGCUUAUCUCGCAAUCACCAGAAUGAUCUAACCCUCCCAUCCCAGAGACUAACGAUGGGAGUUUUGCAAAAGUCCUCCAAACUCUCACGCCACAGGACACAAGAAUGUGUUCUGUUCUGGUACACCAUGCAGCUUUGCACCUCAUUUUGUAAUGUGAUUCAUAUGUCCAGCACCUUCAGACAUAUGCAUCAUGUUCUAAACAAAUGCUUGAGGGCAUCACGGCAUGCAUUCUUUACCUAAUAGCAAACAUUUCAGCACUGUACCCAUAUCAUUGUGCAUCUUCCGACAGACUGUUCCUCCUCCCGUAAAAAGUCCUGUGGAUUUUCCACACUAGCGGUCACAGUGCAAGAAGAAAGCAAUUCACAUUUCAAAGGGUAGUCAGUCGUGUGUCAUCUGUCUUCUCUGUGAGUUCUCUUCAUGCAUGAGGCUUGGUCGUCUUAGGUCCUCGAUGUUUGUACCCCUCUUCUGACAAACUGCAUACAAUGUUGAAACAUUCACUGUUGCCAAUCGCCCCUUAUUUUAGUGAUAGACUGAUUAAUUUUCUCCAAACAUUUUUUUCUGUUCUGUUUUUAUUCAGCCUUUUAUUCAUGAACUGUCAUGUUAAAGUUUUAUUUCAUAAUGCACAAUAUAUUGUUCAUAUAAUGGUAAUUUUUUUUGCUGUUGUUACAAUUUUGUAAAAAUGUACAAAAAUAUGUACAUUUAUCACAAGAUGUCCAUGGAAUACCAAAGUUAUGCACCCUGAUUUGAAAAGGUGUCCCAAACCUAUUUUGACAAGCCCAUUUUCAAAUUUUUACCCAUAGAAUUUGAUCUAAUGUGUAAUUUGUCCCACUUUUAUCAUUUUGUUUACAUGUAAAAUCAUAGUUAUUAUACAACAAACAAUGAAGAAAGUGUUUUUAGAAUAUGUUCUAUAUUUAUAGAUUUUACUUUUUAAUUCAAUUAUAUAAUUAAGAUAUAUAUUAUCUCGAUACCCAUAAAUGCAUUAGCCAGUGCAUAAAAUUAUUAAAGCAACUGUACAUUUCAGUAAAACUUUUAUAACAGCAGCUCAGUGAAGGCUAACAAUGUCCAUGUAUACAAGAUGGAUUUUUAAAAUGAUUUUUUUGUUGUUGUUUUUAAAUUAAAACAGCCCACUCAAAUAAUUGUCAGUAUUUAUGAUAUUUGUAAUAAUGACAUUUCCAUGAUACUGAUGUUACUCAAAGACUGUUGAAGAAGGCUGGCAUCUGAACUGUUUGGGAUGUGUUUUGUUGAUGAAACACCACCAUUUUUGAAACAUGUUUCCAUUUUAAGUUAUUUUUUUAUGAAUUGCAAUAUUAGGUUUUUUUCUGUUCUUCUUGGUGUAGAAUUAUGUACAAAAAUGAUGUUUGUCGUUGACAAUUGAAAUACUAAGAACUCCAACAGGAAAAUGUGGGUUCAAGUUCUAUAGCGUUUGUCUGUAGUUCACUUGUAUAUCCUUUUUCAAAGAUGCACUGCCACAUAUUCGUUCCCACUUUGUAGACACAAAUAGGCAUAAACUGAACUUUAAGACUCCUAAAGUUGUCGGCUCGGAGCUGUCACAUACUAUCGAUGUACAGUCGUUGAAGAGACAGUGGCCGCUGAGGCAGGAACAGAAGGGGUUGAAUGAAUUAGACUGUGUGUUCACUACUCAGCCACAGGUGAGGGUUCAGAGAGAGUCGAAGGAAAAAGGGGGGAAGGGGCACAUUAGGGAUGCAUGUACAUAUGUAAAUGAUAAAUAGAGACACGUUAACAGAAAUGUAUUCAUUUUCCCCAGGGGAAUGUGCAUUGUGUAUUUAGAAUUUGUAAAGCUUGCAUCCUCCCAUCAGAAUCUAAAUUGGGUAAAAUGAAUCUGUGUUUGUUAGCGUCUGUGGAACCUCUAAGCAUUUGUUCACUUUUGUAAAAUAUUCAUCCCACAUGACUGAGGAAUCUGGGAAGGGGAUAAAAAGAGACACAUUUGUUUUACAUUUGUGUAAUAUUUAGCUUAUGUGUAUUGCUCCAUUUCUUGUGUACUUAAUAAGGUGCUACAGAAGAUAAUGAAGAAAAUCCUGGGGAAAUAAUUUGGACAAUAGGGAUAUGGGGCCAGGAGCGGUUCCAAAAGAUUGUAACCAAAAUCCAGAGUUUGUACAAUUUUGAUAUCAUGAUCAGGAAAAUUAAAAACAAAAAUGAGGUACAAUCUAAAGUGAUUGGCACCAAAUGUUGCAGUUGUCUUUGCUUGUACAUUCUGUUGUACAAUCAUUUCAUAUUUUAAACUGGUCAGAGGAAAAAACAACAAAAAACUAAUUGUGAUUUUUAGUCUUGCAAAACUGUAUGUAGUUAGAUGCUGUGACAUCCUAAUAUUUAUCUAAUAAAUAUGUAUUCAGAUGAAACAA